GCUGCUCUGUGCUGACACCCAGCACUAUGCCGUGGGUCUGCUGGCCAGGGAGAUGCACGGUGCCUCCCUCUCUUUGUGUUCUGGGAUUGCACUCCGCCUGCUCCAGCUGCUCAGCAGAGAGGAACCACCCUGGGAUCUGCCCUUCCUGGCAUUCUUUGUGGAGGUCCUGGAUUGCCUGGACUUGUGUGAACGUGGUGACAGCAUCUUGGAGAUGAUGUCAAAGCACCUGCAGAGCAAGUGCAGGCAGAGGCGUCGCCUGGCGCUCAGAGGCCUCGAGGUGCUCAGCAAAUUUCCUUCGAUGGCCAGACCUAUAUGCAGCCAGUCUCAAAGCCUUCUUGAGCUGCUGGGCGAUGCAGAUGAAGAUGUGGUCGGCAUGUCCCUCUCUGUGCUCAAAAAUGUGCUCCAGAACAAAUACAUCCUGAUAUCCAGUACCACUGCCCCAAAGCUGGCUCAGGCACUCCUGCGGCUCUUUAACCAUGUCAACAGCCAAGUGCAGCUCCUCUCCCUUUACCUUUUCUGCAAGGUGAUGGAUUUGGUAGUAGCCAAGGGAAAAAAGCUCCUUAAGUCAAUUUUGUGCCAGAGCCUAUGUCCACUAUUAUUCCACUACCAUGAUGAAAACCAGCAUGUGGCAGAGGUCUCUCGGGAAACGCUGCUUCAUGUGACCAAGUUCCUUAAGAGAAGGGAUUUGAAGCAGCUGGUGGAAAAAGACAAGAUGUUGAAGUUUGCCGAGUGUCUGGUAAGGACACUGUCUGGAGAAGCCUCAACUUUGAGAAGCCCCCCGGCCCCAGCACUCAGUGUGUGGGGCUGGCAGCUGUGGCCCCUGCCCG